AUGAGAUUUCAGGCCAAACAUCAGAGAACUCAUACAAGACCCUACACAUGUGAGGAAUGUGGGAAAACUUUUAGUCGUAGCUCAUUCCUUAUGAGACAUCAAAGAAUUCAUACUGGAGUGAAACCGUAUGAGUGUGAGCAGUGUGGGAAAACAUUUAGAUGUCGAUCGUUUUUUACUCAGCAUCAGAGAAUCCACACUGGAGAGAAACCAUAUAAAUGUAAUGAAUGUGGGAAUUCCUUCCGCAAUCAUUCGCAUCUCACUGAACACCAGAGAACACAUACUGGAGAAAAACCUUACAAAUGUAAUAGAUGUGGGAAGGCCUUCAGUCAGAACACACACCUCAUUCAUCAUCAGAGAAUUCACACUGGUGAGAAACCUUAUUUAUGCAAUGAAUGUGGCUCUUCUUUUCGCAAACACUCAAAUCUUACACAACAUCAGAGAAUUCACACUGGGGAGAAACCAUAUAAAUGUGAUGAGUGUGGGAAAACUUUCCAUACAAAGGCAAACCUCUCUCAGCAUCAGAGAAUUCAUACUGGAGAGAAACCCUAUAAAUGUAAGGAAUGUGGGAAAGCCUUUUGUCAGAGCCCAUCCCUUAUUAAACACCAGCGAAUUCAUACUGGAGAAAAACCGUAUAAAUGUAAGGAAUGUGGCAAAGCUUUUGCUCAGAGCACCCCACUCACUAAACAUCAGAGAAUUCAUACAGGAGAAAGACCCUACAAAUGCAGUGAAUGUGGUAAAGCUUUCAUUCAGAGCAUUUGCCUUAUUCGGCAUCAGAGAAGUCACACUGGAGAAAAACCCUAUAAAUGCAAUGAAUGUGGAAAGGGCUUUAACCAGAAUACCUGCCUCACUCAGCAUAUGAGAAUUCAUACUGGAGAGAAGCCUUAUAAAUGUCAAGAAUGUGGGAAAGCCUUUGCUCACAACACAUCUCUUACUGAACAUCACAGAACUCACACUGGUGAGAAGCUCUAUAAAUGUAGUGAGUGUGAGAAAACCUUCCGGAAGUAUGCACACCUUAGUGAACAUUACAGGAUUCACACUGGUGAGAAGCCUUAUGAGUGUGUUGACUGUGGGAAAUUCUUUAGACAUAGUUCAGUCCUUUUCAGACAUCAGAAACUUCACAGUGCUGAAUAA